GGGGUGGUGAGGUUGUAGGCCCGCCUUUCUUGACCUCUCUGUCUCUUUGUCUCUUAGCUUUCUCUUUGAGUUUCUAUUGUACUCUGUUCUUUUGAUGGUAUUUGUCUUUGUGCAAAUUACCAAAGCUUUGGUGAAGACCAAAUAGACAAAAGAAAAAGAGAGAGAGAGAGAAGCUUAUAAGUUUGUGAAUUUGGGGUGUGCACUUGGGAAAAUAGAAGAAAUGGGGAUCGUUUCUCAGGAAGCGAUUAACCAGUUCCAAGCUCUAAUAGAUCGAGUUGAGGAGCCAUUGAAGAGCACAUUUCAGGCAUUAGAGCUGAUCCUGAAAUCUAACUUAGUCGGCUGGUUGAAUACUUUGAUCUGGGCACUGGGUCUUCUGAUGAUCUUUUUUUUGUGAAUGUUCAUCAAGGAUAUUUAACUGAAACUCUGGUGCGUUUCCUGAAAGCAAGGGAGGGGAAUGUUGCCAAAGCCCAUAAAAUGUUGGUGGAUUGUUUAAACUGGAGGGUACAGAGUGAGAUUGACAACAUCUUAGCAGUAAGUUUGCAGUCUGCUCUGGUGUUACUUUUUUCUAAACCCAUAGUUCCUGCUGAACUUUAUAGAGCGGUGCGUAAUUCACAGCUCAUAGGAGUGUCAGGUCACUCAAGAGAGGGACUGCCCAUCUUUGCAAUGGGUGUUGGCCUCAGCACGUUUGAUAAAGCUUCUGUCCACUACUAUGUGCAGUCACAUAUUCAAAUGAAUGAAUAUAGGGACCGUGUAAUUUUGCCUGCUGCAUCUAAAAAAUAUGGGCGGCCUAUCACCACAUGCGUGAAAGUCUUGGACAUGACUGGCCUCAAGCUCUCAGCACUGAGCCAGAUAAAGUUAUUUACAAUUAUAUCUACCAUUGAUGACUUGAACUACCCAGAGAAGACGAAUACAUAUUACAUUGUAAAUGCGCCAUAUAUAUUUUCAGCCUGUUGGAAGGUCGUCAAGCCUCUAUUGCAGGAGAGAACCAGGAAAAAAGUUCAGGUCUUGCCAGGUAGUGGCAGAGAUGAGCUCUUGAAAAUAAUGGACUAUGCUUCUCUACCACAUUUCUGUAGAAAAGAAGGCUCUGGAUCAUCUCGACAUGCAGAAAAUGGAUAUGAAAAUUGCUUUUCCCUCGACCAUCCCUUUCAUCGACAGCUCUACGACUACAUCAAGCAGCAAUGCUUGAAACGUGAACCUGUUCAACCCAUAAAACAGGGUUCUUUUCAUGUGAAUCUGCCUGAGCCUGGAGCAGAAGGGACGGAAAUCGCUAAAACUCUAGAAACUGAGUUACAGAAGUUUGAGAAUGGGAAUGGGAAUGGGAAUGGGAUGUCUGACUCGCUACAUAGGCUAAGGAUUGAUGAUAAAUGAAAUUAUGUAGCUCAAUAUCCUUAAUGAUUUGCAGUGAUAUGAAAAACACUUUGAUGCCCGUUCAUUUUGUUGGAGCUGCUAGAGAAGGAAUGUGGUCUUUCUGGUCCUACCAUUCUAGUUAUACCAUAAAAUGAAUGUAAAAGUAGUAGCUUAUAUUAUCCCUACAUGAAUUCAGAGGGAAAAGCUAAUAUGGUGUAUGUAACUUGACAAAUUGGUUGGAUCCUCAGUUUAAAGCUGUCCCCAGCCUGACAUGUAGUAGUGAAGCAGAGAAUUCACUUUGAGUUGCACAGAUUUAAGUUGAAUGUUAGUAGCACAGAGGAGUAUGUUUUAGCCA